UGUUGCGCCCUUGCGUAGUGCUCAGGCGACGCCGCUCAGUCACAGCGUCAUCGCCCCCUCGCCGGGCCCAGUGCGCCUGCGCGAGUCCGCGGAGACCUUGGAGGCGCGGCUGCCAGGGACGAGGCGCUCGGACGCGAGGUUAACGCUGAGGCGGCCGGAAAAUGCAGAGCUGGAGCCGGGUCUGCUGCGGGCUCGCCCAGAGAAGCCAUUUUAGUCGAAUCCAUCAUGGCCUACAGGGGAUUUGUGCAGUGUCGCUGAGGAGCUAUGCUGAUCAAGCUGAUGCUGACAUCACAGUUAUUGGUUCUGGGCCUGGAGGAUAUGUUGCUGCUAUCAAAGCAGCUCAACUUGGCUUUAAGACUGUUUGUGUGGAGAAAAAUGAAACGUUGGGUGGAACCUGUUUGAAUGUUGGCUGUAUUCCUUCCAAGGCUUUGCUGAACAACUCACAUCUGUAUCAUUUGGCCCAUGGAAAGGAUUUUGCUAGUAGAGGAAUUGAAAUUACAGGAAUCCACUUGAAUUUAGAGAAGAUGAUGGAGCAGAAAAGUGGUGCAGUGAAGUCCUUGACAGGUGGAAUUGCCCAUUUGUUUAAACAGAACAAGGUUGUACAUGUGCCUGGAUUUGGAAAAAUAACUGGCAAAAACCAAGUCACAGUAUCCAAAGAGGAUGGUAGUACUCAGGUUAUCAAUACAAAGAAUAUCCUCAUAGCCACGGGUUCAGAAGUUUCUCCAUUCCCUGGAAUUACGAUUGAUGAAGACACAAUUGUAUCAUCAACUGGUGCACUAUCCUUGAAACAAGUCCCUGAAAAGAUGGUUGUAAUUGGUGCAGGAGUCAUUGGUGUGGAGUUGGGUUCAGUUUGGCAGCGUCUUGGUGCAGAUGUGACAGCUGUUGAGUUCUUGGGCCAUGUUGGUGGAAUGGGUAUUGAUAUGGAGAUCUCUAAAAACUUUCAGCGCAUCCUUCAGAAACAAGGACUCAAAUUUAAACUAAAUACCAAGGUUACUGGUGCCACCAAGAGGCCAGAUGGAAAGAUUGAUGUUUCUAUUGAAGCAGCUGCUGGUGGAAAGACAGAAGUAAUCACCUGUGAUGUAUUGCUCGUUUGCAUUGGUCGACGUCCUUUUACUCAGAACCUAGGGCUGGAAGAUAUUGGAAUUGAACUUGAUAACAAGGGUAGAAUCCCAAUCAAUACCCGAUUCCAAACCAAAAUUCCAAACAUCUAUGCUAUUGGCGAUGUAGUUGCUGGGCCGAUGCUGGCUCACAAAGCUGAGGAUGAAGGCAUUAUCUGCGCUGAGGGGAUAGCUGGAGGUGCAGUUCACAUUGACUAUAACUGUGUGCCCUCAGUGAUUUACACACACCCUGAAGUUGCCUGGGUUGGCAAAUCAGAGGAACAGUUGAAAGAGGAGGGGACAGAAUACAAAGUUGGAAAGUUUCCAUUUGCUGCUAACAGCAGAGCUAAGACUAAUGCUGACACAGAUGGCUUGGUGAAGAUACUGAGUCAGAAAACAACAGACAGGAUGCUGGGUGCUCACAUUCUAGGCGCAGGUGCUGGGGAGAUGGUUAAUGAAGCUGCUCUCGCUAUGGAAUAUGGAGCAUCAUGUGAAGAUGUAGCCAGAGUUUGCCAUGCCCAUCCAACUGUCUCGGAAGCUUUCAGGGAAGCAAACCUAGCAGCAUCUUUCGGCAAAGCUAUCAACUUCUAAAAUUAUGUGCAGAGGUGGAUUGAGGCCAGCGCCCUCUUUUGAGCGUGUUUCAGUGUUCUGAGCUGGCUGAAUGCACCCAUGAGUUGGUGAGAGAGCCAGAAUAAACGUGGGUUUACGUGGAGGUGACAGCAAGGAGUCCCCGAGGGAAGCAAAGAUGAAGUGUGUUUUGUGAAAUGGGGGGAAGAGAUCUGGGACACCUGGAAUGGGAAAAAAAGCCUUACAUUUUAGUGGAUCCAGGACACAUUUACUUCUAAUCCACCUCUGCCUUUUGGAUAAAUUCGUUGGAGUCGUCCCCUGGCAUAUUGCAAGCUUUCUAUAUGUCCCUUCUGCGGAAUGCCUGCUCUUUACUUACUAGAGCUGGCCAAAACAAUGGGAAACUUUUUUACAAAAUCUUGUGAAAAACUUGAAGCGCUCUGUGCCUGUUUGAACACUAGGGUGAAUUUUUUUCACAAAUUUCAUCUCUGUUUUUGUCAAAACAGAAAAAACUUUGGAAAUUGACUAGCUCUACUACUUACUAAUGUGUUUGGAGGUCUAGUUCUCCCUAACCUCUCUAAAUAAAUAAAAUUCAAGCCCUCACAUCUUGUUAAUGUAUCAUUCUUCUCUCUCCAUACUUCUCCCCCAACUACUCAUACAAAAGAAUACUUGUAAAGGGUAGAGAAGUAAAAUAAGGAUACUAAGAACCACAUUUAAAAGAGUGACAGCAAGUCUGUAUGCUCCAACACUAUUCUAACAAAUGCCUGAUGUUGGCAAGAAAUUGUGAGAACUUGAUACAUGCCAAAAAAAACCCUUGCAGAUAAAUUGGAUACUUACAGCAAUGUAAAGUGGGAAUAGAGAUGGGGGAAAAAUUUUUUAGCUGAACUUAUUUUUCCUGUCAAAAAUAUUUGUUUCAGUGCUAUACAAUGGAGAUCUUGAGUCUCAUUCUGAUUUUCACCAACAUUAGUUGAAGUAUUAGUGAGUGAAGCAUAGUUAUGUCUGGACUACCAAAAUAUGCAGUGCAUGUAGUUACACAUUUUGGAAAGUCUUAGUAGGAGAUGGCUGCUAUAUAGCCAUGUACUUGAGCAUUUUUCAAAUAUGUAACAGUUUUAAACAAACUGAAGCCUAGGGAAAAAUGGCAGUAUGUUUUAAUAGACUUCCCUAAACUCAUGUAUGUAGUGUUGUAUGGAGCCAUGUGGGUCCCAGGAUAUAUGAGAGAACAAUUUCUUUGUAAGCUCAAAAGCUUUUCUCUCCCCAAGAGAAGCUGGUCCAGUAAAAGAUAUUACCUUACCCACCUUGUCUUGCUAAACUCAUGCUGCAGCCAAGGAUACUGGCUAACAUGGUUGAAGACCACGUUGACUGCUGCAACUGCUGCAGUUAUUCUGCAAACAUUUUCACAUGACUGAAGCAGGAUUUUUUUGUAUAUGUUUCUAAUACUUCUCUGUCUUUCAGUCUUUAUACCUGUACAAUGCAGGCUACCAGUGUUUGUUUGUGUGCAUUAGUCUUUAGACAUUGUGGGCUCUGCCCUCUAUUGCAGAGAAAACUAAGAUGUGAUACAACUAGGCCUAUGUACAAAGGCAAAUGGACAAAUUCAUUUAAAGGACGGUGAAGCCAUUCACAUGACUUAGUAUCUUUUUUGAUAAAGUUUUGGUCCCAGAAGCUCAUCUUGUCCUGUGUUCUUCAUGGAAUAAGAGGUUGCACACUGUGGUGCUAGAAAUCCAAACUGCUCUCACUACUACACCCACAUGAGAAACAUUGUUUGUGAACAAUGACGUGAAACUUGUGUGUCAAAACUACCAGCUAAUUUGUAUUUAAGUGAAACAUCCUGUAGAAAGCAAGUAUUCAAAUGGAAAUGCUGACUAGUAAAAACUCCCCUCCCUCCAACCCCCCAAAACUUAGGCAGGAACACCAGUUCUUCACUCUAAAGGCUGGUCUACACUACCCUGCUAAAUCAAUCUAAAUUACACAACUUCAGUUAUGUGAAUAACAUAAUUGAAGUCGACUGAGUUAGAUCCACUACAAGGUGCUGUGUCAACAGGAGCGCGUCUCCUGUCAUCUUCCCUUACGCUUCUCAGGAGGUGGAGUACACAAAUUGAUGGGAGAGUGCUCGCCCAUUGAUUUAGCAUGUCUUCACCAGACCCUCUAAAAUCGACACUUGUUGCAUCAAUUGCAGCAGCGCAGAUCUACUGGUAAGUGUAAACAUGCCCCCAAUUUUUUUUUAAGUCGCCCUUCUGUAUUGCACAGAAAAUGGAGCCUUCUUAGUCAAAAUUAACUUGUUAAAAGCCCACCUUUUGGAGCUAAGAUUUUAUUAGAACAGUACU